GAAGUUGCAGGCUGUAAUUGGCCACCAGGCUGGACUUUGGACACCCCUUUCUCUAGAAAAACGUGAAAUAAAAAAAUACAUUAUACUAAAAUAAAAAAUCCAAGUUAGUGCAACAAACAAAAUGACAAAAGCAAACCCACUCUGCAUAUAUCACAUAUAUGAUUAUACUUAUUGGAUACUGAUUAUCUAACAUGCAGCAAAAUUGCUAAUAAUGUACACGUGAAAUUUCAAUAUUAUCCUAAAAAAUGAUGUGAGAAGUAAAUAAAGUAAAUAUCAUACUGGUUUAAUUAAAAAAAUAUAUAUAUAUACACUGUCAAUCUUAACGACUACCAAACUGACAGGCUUAAGCCUAAGCCCCGCCCACCUUGCGAGUGAGACCCCGCCCCCUGUAGAGUGCAUGAAGUGAGUUUAAAGUGACGUCCCUGCUAAGAGCUGCUGCCAGUGCUUGCAGGUUGCUGUGCGACAAAACAUGAAGAGAAGCCACACUUACAGCUCGUCCGACAGCGACCUGGAUGACAACAUUGAAGUAGAGAAAGACAGCGGAGACGAAAAUGGUCCAGCUGAUUGCCACGACUCUGCGUCACCUUCCACAACUACUCAAGUUCAAGCCAGAAAACGACGCAGAGGAAUUAUCGAGAAAAGGAGACGUGACCGCAUCAAUAACAGUUUGUCUGAGCUGAGAAGACUGGUGCCAAGUGCUUUUGAGAAACAGGGAUCAGCAAAAUUGGAAAAAGCAGAAAUCCUGCAAAUGACAGUGGACCACUUGAAGAUGCUGCAUGCAUCUGGAGGCAAAGGUUACUUUGAGGCUCAGGCCCUGGCAAAGGAUUACCGCAGCCUGGGUUUCAGGGAGUGUCUGGCCGAGACAGCUCGCUUCCUGAGCAUCAUGGAGGGCCGGGACAGCACAGACCCCCUCCGCGUACGCUUGGUGUCCCACCUGAGCAACUACGCCUCUCAGAGGGAGGUGCAGGCCGGACUGGAACACUUAGCCUGGGGCUCUGCCUACGGGCCCGCCCCCGCUCCACUCCCCCAUCCCCUCCUCCUACAACCCCCCCAAGGCAGGACACCCGCAUCGAGAGGAAACAGUCGACCAUCUUCUACAUCCUCUUCCGCUGGCAUAGAGGUCUCGGGGACGUCCAGGCUCCUGCCCCCCACGGAGUGUCUCAGGGUGCCUCCCAACGGCUCGCUGCCUCUCAACGUGCCAAAGGUGUCGCCGCCCCUCCUGUCGUCCCUCUCCUCGCUGUCAGCCUUCCCCCUCUCCUUCGGUGCUUUCCCACUCGUCUCCCCGGUCACCCUCGGCACAAUCACACCCCCUCCCACCCUAUCCAAGCCUUACAGGCCGUGGGGCACAGAGAUUGGGGCCUUCUGAAGACGACAACUGGACUGAGGGCGACAGCUGAGCUGCGGGCCCACCACCACACGAGCAUCUGUUAUCAUAGCGAGAACACACAGGUGAACUGGCCUUAUUUGAUUGCAUAGAAACAAUGCUGACGGACUUGAUUUCCUCUUGCGUUGCGUAGAAGAAGAACUCUGGAUGAUUGUAUUUUAUUCAUGAAAAAAAUGAUUUAGCAAACAUAACAUGCACUCUCUUGUUUGAGGACACAUUUAGUGGUAACUUUGUCAGGGAUGUAUUUAAUAUAGAGUGACGGAAAUGAGCCAAGCCUACUUUUGGAAACUAACUUCCUGACAAUGCCACACUUUGCCUUUUUUUGCAUUUGUAAUAUUUUUCUAUCAAUAAAUCACAUUGGAAUUCUACAAAAUGGAAAAAUGCACACAUGGUUUAAUACUUUUGUAUGUUGUCCAUGUGUACCAUGCAUGGCUGGUGAGGUUAAAAAAAGAUAUUCUAAUACAAUGGACAGUGUCCUAAAUGAGCAUAAAGCAUAAUGAAGUGUCCAGUGAGUGUAUCCGGGUUGAUCCCUCCUCUAUAAAAGCUAAUAAGAACCAAAUCAAGGGGUUUCAUUUUUAUGGCCUGAAACAGUGAUUCCUUCACUGCGUGCCAGGUAAGUAACCGAAUCCAAAGUGUAUUGUUACCCUGCUGAAAAGACAGGAAAUCAUUAAGCGCACACAGGAAAUCCUUUACAAUGUUGCCCUGACCUCACCGCCUUGGGUUGGUCCAAAGCGGAGACAAUAGUGUGAACAGGAUGCGGACAAUGGAGGAAAGGCGCUCACAAGUAACGGCGACAUACGGCAGGAGGCAGCUGCGACCGCUAAAUCACCGCUCGGCUGCCACCAAAGUGAUAUUUCUUGUACCAUUUUAUUGUGGAGCCAAAAUCUCAAUUAUUAGAGGGUAUCAUGCUUUUAUGGAAGUUGUGUGACUUUUUUGGGACAAACAGAAUUACCACAUUUCCUCAUUCAGCGUAGUGGCUAAGAGGAUUUAUUUUUACUCAGCUGCAGAGAGUCCCAGGCAUCAUCAUUCAUCCAAAUUACAUUUUAUAUGAACACUAGGUCAUUUAUACUGUAUUUUUGUAAUACAUUUCCACAAAUAAAUAACAAUACCAAAUAAAAAAAAAAAGAUUUUAUGUUAUAGUAUGCCCUGGGAUUGGCUGGCGACCAGUCCAGGUUGUACCCCGCCCCUCGCCCCAAGUCAGCUGGGAUAGGCUCCAGUAUUCCCCCGUGACCCUAGUGAGGACAAGCGGCAUAGAAAAUGAAUGAAUGUUAUAAUAAUUCCCUGACAGCCCACCUGAGGGCUACAGAAACUUUUAAAAAAGCUUAUAGACUUUUUUUAAUUAACGAGCUUUUGUACAUAACUGUUGUUUUGAAGUGUUCUGCGUGUUUACAUUUAAUUUUAUU